CAUAUUAACUAUCGUGAUCGGCUUGUGCUAACUUUCAACUACCAUCUACCAGUCUACCACUCAUCAUUCACUAGGUCCUCGUUUGUGGAUCUGCAAGGCGAUAUGAGAUCUGAAGAUCAAAACAGGCUUCAACGAUCCCGAAGCCGAACCCGACAACCAGUCUUUUUAAACUCUCCUCUAGAGACAUUACAUUUCUUGCCUCCGAUAAGUCGGCCGUUGUGGGUGAAUGUUUAAAUUUAGUUCAUAUCAGAAAACGACAGAGGGGCGUGAACUUGAGUUUUUGAUAUAUAAAAAAAAACAUUUAACCAAGAACAUCACAGUUACUUCUUUACGGCUGGACAGCAGAAUACAAAUAGUAAGGUGAUAGAAGGAGAUAUGCUUCGUCCACUUUAUUGAGACAAUUCAAGACUUCAGUAAAACCAUUAAGAAGUUCGAAAAUGAAAAUCAACUACAGUCUAUUGCCUAUUAAGGCUCAUUACUUUUGUUUUAUGGCAUCUUUCGGGCCCAUUCUUCCAUUCUUGGCUGUAUAUGGAAAACAACUCGGUGUUUCUUCCAUAGUUAUGGGUAGUAUUACUUCAGUAUUACCAAUUUUAUUUUUAAUCGCAAAGCCCACUAUUGGAUUUAUUGUAGAUUAUUUCCGAAAACGUCGAAAAAUAAUAUUCGUCUCUUUAUUAAUAAUAACCAAUGCCUGCUUCGUUUUGAUGUACUUCCUCCCAUCUUUACCAGGACCACAUCUUUUCAAAAAUGAUUUCCAAAACGUGUCAAUCUCACAGAUUUUAUUUUGCGAUUUUUCGAAAAGCAUUCGAUCUGAGAGUUGCAAUAAAGGGAAACAAACCAAUUGUUCCUGGAGUUGCAGUGAUGGGACUAAUUUCACGUCAAGAGUGUUUUUUCAUUCUAAAUUCAAAGCAGAAUUUUCAAGAAAUUCGUCUUGUUCUCUCGAAAUACUGGAUAAUAUAUCCAGUCACACAAACUUGAUUUGCAAUAUUAAUUGUGAGAACUUCUCAACCAAUUGUCUCUACACGUCCUCCACUUUUUGGGGAUUUGUUCUCUUGUUAUCUAUUGGAAAUAUUGGAUUUAAUGUUGCAAAUUGCAUAAGCGAUGCAAUUUGUUUUGACGUCUUGGGAAAUGGAGGAGAAAUGGGAUAUGGAAGACAACGAGUUUGGGGAACGAUUGGUUUUGGAAUCACAGCAUUUUUGGCUGGAUACCUUAUUGAUUUGUGGUCCACAGACGAUGAUGUGAAAUCAUAUACGCCGGCAUUUAUUCUUGUUUUCAUAUUUUGUAUUACUGAUUUAGUAUGUUGCACGAAAGUAGAGUUGCCAGUUAUGCCAGGGACAAAACAUAUCGUGAAGGAUGUGUAUCAAUUAAUUCGAAUGAAACCAAUUGCAACAUUUCUCUGCUUUGCUACUAUCGCUGGAAUUCUGGACAGUUUUAUAAUCUACUUUUUAUUCUGGUAUCUAGAAGAUUUGGCUUCAGCAACUGGUUAUAUGCCCCAGAUUAAAUUCAUAGAAGGUCUGGUAGUAGCGGCUGAAACUUUGGGUGGUGAAGUGAUAUUUUUUUCUUUUUCUGGUAAAAUACUAAAGAAAUUUGGAUAUGGCUACACUUUCACUUUUUGUUUUGCUUGUUAUGCCUUGCGACUUGGACUUAUUUCUUUAGUGCCAAAUCCAUGGUGGGCCAUUCUAGUAGAAUUUUUUAUGCAAGGGCCAACCUACGCAUUAUGUUAUACAUCGAUUGUCGCUUAUGCGAGUGCAAUUUCACCACCUGGUACAUCAGCAACUGUUCAAGGAAUUGUAGCUGGAAUGGAUGAUGGUUUUGGUUUUGCAAUCGGAAGUCUGAUAAGUGGGAUUUUAUACAAGAAUUUUGGAGGUGUGAUUACUCUGAGAAUUUUUACUUUACUUGCCGCCUUUACCUCGAUCUUGUAUUUAAUUUUUUACGUGACUUAUUUAAAAUUCACGAUACCAGAAACAGAUACAAAAAAGAAAGUCUGGCAAAGUCCGGAAAAUGCUGCAAGUACUUGUGUCCAUGCAAAUUCGUAGCCAAAAUAACUCGGGUUCAUGAAGAACUUUCCAAGAAUGUGAUACGUACAAAAUAAAAGAGCAUAAUAUCAAACAAAGUGUCUAUAGUCGUCCAGCUUUUAUCGGCGAAUAUCCAAGGUGGAACUGAUACUUUCGCCUCCCUCAGGGAGCCCCAUAAAUCAAGUUUGCAUAAUUUUUCCUAUUCAUCCUAAAAAGCUGACUUUUAAGGAAUGAAAGCCUUCAGUUUUUAUAAUUCUAUUUUUGUACAUUGUAAAAUAUGAGAUUAAAGAUUGUAAAGAAA